UAUACGUCUCCAUUCUCACGUGAGGACAGGCAUGGAAUGGAAAAGAGUGGUAUGACUGAAGGGUAACAGAGGCAACAGGGCAUACGCUAGCCAUCAGACAACGUUCGCGAAGUUUCGAUACACUGCCCUGCCGUACAUAUCAAACCCUUGGUGUGGCAUCGCAACAGCGUAGGGCGGCGCCCUGACCCGCUCCUCUCCUCUACCUUAGAUACAUCAGCAUCGUAGUACAAGCACAUAUCUUCAACCUGAACAUACUCACUACAACACCAUGGCACAGACACAACCCGCCGCACCCUCCGAUCUCAGCGCCAAACUCCCCAAACUUAUUCCACGCAGACGCGCCCCCACGACGCGAGAGCCGCCUUCUGCCCCUCCCCCGCCGACACCCUCGCUCCCCGCGCCCCCAAACCUAGCGCAGCACACAUACGUCCACCCGUCGCGCCGCAUCCUCAGUCCCCAAGACCACGAGCUCUUCCUACAAAGCGGAACAUGCACACUCGUCGAAGCCUUCAUCUUCGGCAUCGCUGACGCCGUCCGCGAUAGAAGCAUAUCGAGCGUGCGCGACGGCGACGAAGCAACCACGACAAUCAAAACCAUCGUCUCGAUCCUCCGCUCCGCCGAAGACAUCCUCUCAACAUGCCCCCCCGAAGACACGGGCUCCCGCUUCGGAAACCCCAUGUUCCGCUCUUUUCUCGACGAGCUCGAAAAGGCGCUGCCAGCCUGGCACGAGCAACUGGGUCUGCACGACGCCGCGCAAAUCGAAGAGGUAUCAACGUACCUCCGCCACUCCUUCGGCAACCGCCAACGCAUCGACUACGGUUCGGGACAUGAACUCAACUUCUUCCUCUGGCUCCUAUGCCUCAAUCGACUCGGCUACCUUCCCCCGGCUACCUUCCCCGCCCUCGCCCUCAUCGUCCUCCCCGCCUACCUGCGCCUCAUGCGCCGCGUCCAAGAAGCAUACUACCUCGAACCCGCGGGCUCCCACGGCGUCUGGGGCCUCGACGACUACCAAUUCCUUCCCUUCCUCUUCGGUGCAGCACAGCUCCUGCACCAUCCGUACAUCACGCCGAAAUCCAUCCACAAUACGCUGGUGCUGGAGGAGGAAGGCAAAGAGUUCCUGUACCUUGACCAGAUUGCGUUUGUGAAUAGCGUGAAGAAUGUCGAGGGACUGCGGUGGCACUCACCUAUGCUGGAUGAUAUUUCUUCGGCGAAGAAUUGGGGAAAGAUUGAGGCGGGCAUGCGGAAAAUGUUUCGCAAGGAGAUUCUCGAGAAGUUGCCGGUUAUGCAGCAUUUUUUGUUUGGGAGCUUGGUGCCUGCGGUUGAGGGGAUGAGUGUGGAGGAUGAGGCAUCGGCGGAGAAGGAAGAGGAAGGCGCAGAGGGGGGAGAGGUACAGGUGUUUGAUGAUGAAUCCGGUAAGAGACAUGUGCAUGCGAGUGUGGGAUGGGGCGACUGCUGUGGUAUUCGUGUACCCGCGGCUGUAGGAGCGGAGGGCGAGGCGAGGAAAGGUGGUGUGAGGGGCUUGAGGAGAGUGCCGUUUGAUUGAGACUUUUGCAUGGUAUGAAGUAGACUGACGUUUUUUUUAUACGAAUACCCAAAAGAAAGAAAGAAACAGACUGCAAAUCACCCAAGCAUA